AGACAAGGGUGGAAGGAGAUGGAAGACCAGGCAAGAAAAGCCAUUAAAGGAGUUUAUAAGUGGGACAACCAUGAAACCCAUGGCCUAGAUCCUGCGGUGGUGCCACAGGUAGAUUGUGUCGUUAGUCUAUGGUUAUUAACCAUGAUCAGUAAAACAAAGGAUGACUUCCAGAGGAACCUGGAGAGAUUCACAUCCAGACUGAAAAUUGGAGGCCGCCUGAUGAUGUUUGUGCCGCUGAAGAUGACCUUCUACAUGGUGGGCCACCAUCGCUACUUCUGCCUCAGCUUGGAAGAGCUAGAAGUACAAGAGCUGGUGAUAAAAGCCGGCUUCAUCAUUGAAAAGUCAUCUCUGAUUAAUGCUGUGGAACCCAGUGAUUGUGUUAACUACAAGCAUUUAGGUUUUGUCCUUGCGCGCAAAGUAAAAGAAGCCUGA